CUGCUGCCCACGCCCCACCAGAUUGCGACUUCGGAUUUUGUCCAAUUCUGCCUUAUCAGAUGCUCAGAUGCAGUCCGUGCGUCCACAGGGUCACCUUCUCAAAAAAAAAGUGACUGCCAAGAGUUCGAGCUGCACCGAACAACCCAAAUAGCCACCCACCAUGCUGAAGGCAGUCAAACCCAAGAAUGCCCGCGCGGCGCGCGCCAUGAAGGCACGUGAGCCUCAGCAGAACGAGAACCCUAAGACGACUCUCUUCGUGACGGGCCAGAAGACCUCCCAGAUCCUCAAGCUUGCCGUCGCCGACCUCGCUACCCUCAAGCGACCCUUUGUCGAGCGCUUCACCAAGAAGAACGACAUCCAUCCCUUCGACGAUGCCUCCUCGCUCGAGUUCUUCUCUCUCAAGAACGAUACCUCUCUCCUCGCCCUCUCUCUGCACUCGAAGAAGCGCCCACACUGCCUGACCCUCGUUCGUACAUUCGACCACAAGCUGCUUGACAUGCUGGAGCUGUACAUCAACCCAGAGACCUUCCGCACACUGCAGCAAUUCAAGAAUAAGAAGCCCAGCAUUGGUCUGAAGCCGCUCAUCUCCUUCCACGGCACCGUCUUCGAAGACCCCAACGAGACAAAAUACACCCUCGCCAAGAGCCUCCUUGUCGACCUCUUCCGCGGCCAAGACACAGACGAAGUCGACGUCGAAGGCCUGCAAUACCUGAUUAGCGUUUCGGCCGAAGAGCCCACCGACUCGCGUCCCAACCCAGAGAUCAAAUUGCGCUUCUACCUGCUCAGGACCAAGCGCAGCGGGCAAAAGCUUCCGCGUGUAGAGGUUGAGGAAAUGGGUCCACGCAUCGACUUCACGCUCGGCCGCGAGCAGUUCCCCGACGCAGACAUGCUCAAGGAAGCCAUGAGGAAGCCCAAGGGUACCGAGGAACGAACAAAGAAGAACGUCUCGACGGAUGCUAUGGGCGACAAGGUUGCGAAGAUUCACCCCGGCAAGCAGGACUUCAACACGCUGCAGACGAGGAAGAUGAAGGGUCUGAAGCGAAGUCGUGACGAGGACAUUGAGGGCGAUGCGCAGAUGGCUGACGCAGACUCUGGUGAUGAGGUCGACAGUGAUGCGUUGAAACAGGCAUUGCUGAAAAAGGCGAAGAAUCAGUGAGAGCGGAAGAAGAGAUUUGCAUGGGCGGCGUUACGGCAUUUUGGGAGUUCAUGAGGGGUUAUACCACCUUCGCGGCAAUGGGCAUGUCAAAGUGCUGAGUCCACGAACAAUCGUAGUUAGAUGUAUAGUGGGAUAUCUUUGAAUCUAUCUGUUCAGCUUUCC